UAUUUCAUUUUUGACUGUGGAAAUAAAGUGUAUUGUUUUUUAAACUUGUCUUUGGAAAUUUUUGGAAAGAUAUAAUUUGUUACCCUCUAUAUUUAAGGUGUCUAAUACAAGCACAUCAAAGUUUUUAAUUCGCCAAAUUAAAUUAUAUCGUUAAAAUUAUAAACUGCCUAAAAAACAACGAAUUCGGGAAAUGAUUAGUUUGACGGAUGAAAUAAGUUUUAAAAAUUCCGCGUUGCCAUCAACGCCAUCAUCCGACGAGUUGAAUACAGCAACAUUUGCUUCGCAUAUGUGCACGACUGGUUUGAAAAUCCCUUGCAGCAAUAUAAUUAAAUUAAUAUGUAACCAAUUCGAUGCGUUUUGUGUAGUAAUCGCUACGUUAACUUAUUUGCAAGACGGACAUUAAUUGACAUUUAUCUCAUUCGAUUUGCUUUCACAAGAUGAAAGUAACGCUUUUUUUCGUCGCCGACUUCUUCCUAGAGCCUCGAUAAUUCACCAAAGUGAUUUAUAUUUCUCGCUACUCUUCACAAAACUUCUAUCUUGCAGACGAAUCAAUGUCUCAAUCCUCUUAGGAAUCACGAGAGACCAGUUUACCUUGUCAAAUAACUCGUCCCCUCAGCUCCUCAGCUCCUCAUCUGCUCUCACCUGUUCUUACCGCAGCAACGAAGAUUGAGCGCGUUGAAGUUGGCCACCCUGCACUCGCGUAUCCGUCCCGUUCUUGCCGCUGACUUCAGAACGCAUGAUCUCAGUUUACAGUGCGAGAGCCUGAGAGAAGCUUGGAGCUUGUAACGAGUGAACGAUUUAGACUUUUGCAGCCUUGCGAUUGAUCGAAGAUGACAUCUGAUCGUGUCGGCCGACGACAGGCAGAUUGGUAGUCGUGACAGAACGUGUUCUUGAUCCGGGUGUUCGAUUGUGACGCGCACAUUAUCACGGAGAACAAGAACGAGAGAGAGAGAGAGAGAGAGAGAAAGAGAAAGAGAGAGAUACAGACGAGCGAGGGACACAGAGCAUGCGACCGCGCCUCUGCGACGUUACUCGGCGUGUCGAGGAUGGGAAGUGCGCCGUCGCCGCCGACGACGACGAGGACGAGGGACGAAAGUGAGUUAGGAAACGUAACGUCGCUGCGGUACGUCGUGCGGUGCUGCAUCAUCAUCGCUUAGGAAUGGUAUCGCCGUCCAAUCAUCAACACCAGCAACAGCGCAGACAGCCGUCGAGAGAGAAUAAAUCCGAUCCGCGACGAACGUCACAUGCUCGUUUGCAAAAGGGCCUGAAACCUUUGGAAAAGAAGUCGUUCUAUUUGGACAUAAAGAACCAUGCCACUGCGACCAAGCUAGAAGCAAAGAUCAGGGAGUUGGGUGGUGCGAUCGAAGUGUUUCUAGUGCGCAGUGUGAAUCUUGUGAUCACUGAUAGAGUAGAUAAGACAAGUUAUACAAACGCUGAGAGACUUAGAUGGGCUUGCAUCAGCGGUGGCAGCGGGGGACCCCGCUCGCUGAGAAGCAUCGAAGUCCCUACGCCUACGCCUACACCCCCAACGCCGUUGUUGAGUUCUGAAUGCCCCUCAUCCAACUCUACCAAUCUACGGGGUCAAACUACCCAAAGAUCUAAAUCGCGGGUGGAUGCAAUGUUGGAACGUGCUCUGACACAGCCACAGCAGUGUUCCGUGGAUCCACUAGAUAACGCCCACAGUUGGGGAAUUCCUAUCUGGACAACGGAUAAGCUUCAGACUUGGCUUGACAAAAUCUAUGAAUCUUUCAAGGAUACUUAUAACUUGAAGCAGCUGAAGCAAAUCAAUCAGCACAGCUCAAGGAAAGACUUGAAGAUCAAGCAUUUAAAAAGACCAUACGUUAAAUUUGACUCUAUCUGCAGAACUACCAGACCUGUGUUCCUGGAAUUAUCGUUGUGGCCAACAUUAAACUUCGACGGUGAUCCUGGUUCGUGUCCUUUCGACACAAAGAAGAACGGAAAACGAGAAAAUAAAUUAACAAACAAAGAGGUCAAGGAGAAUAAGAGGGAUAUUGAAUCUAUAAAUAAGGCGGAGAGGGUCAUGGGCAAUUUUUUUUCGCAUGGACAGGGUAAAGAAAUGACUCGGAGACCCCGUGCCACCACUGCACGUGCCCGCAGAACAGAACAGCUGGUCGCUGGCUAUUGCGAAAUUUGUCGUAUUCAUUAUGACGAUUUGUCCAAGCAUGUGCAAAGCGAGCAGCAUUUAAACUUUGUGGGGAACGAUGACAAUUUUUUGUCAUUGGACACAUUAAUCAACGCGGGCGCCAAUGUAGAGGCAUUCUUAAAAUUGAACAGAACAAAAGAUAUCGAGAAAGACUGUGAUUUGUUCCCCAAUGGAGAUGGCAAUCUUCAUAACGUACUGCCAGAGGAAAAAGUUAACAAGAACACCAAGACUUUAAGUAACUUUGUUAACGAAAUAAAAAUGGUGAAUGGUGCACGUAGGAACCUUAAUUUAAAAUUAAGCUCGCCACAUAAUCUGCGUGCUCGUACAAAACACGAGAGCGGACAUCUCCUCAGAUCUAAGGGCAGUCCGUGGCACGAGGUCGACAAGAAUGAGAAAUUGUACGACAAGUUCGAGGGUUUUACCAUUAAGAAGCGUUCAAAAGGUACUAUUUGGAUUGAAGAAGAUGACCCGGAUGAAAAGUAUACCGAGAAUAUCCUGAAGGAACCCAAACAGGAAGACUACAAAAUCAGAUCGUUCUCGAAUGAUAUUGGACUUUAUAAUAGUAAAGAAGAUAAUAUCAGUAGUAAACAUAAUAAUCUGGAUCCACCAAAUUUGCAACCGGCAAUUGUACAUAGCAAUUCGCAAAAUGGUAUUAUAAAUUCGCGUCACAUAUCGAAGGAUCCAGAUUAUAUCAAUAGUAAAAAUGAAUGUAAUGGUGACGAAAACGCGGGUGUUUUGGAGUGUACGAUAAACAAGAACGGUGUAAUUGACAAUAGUUAUAUUGUUGAAAAUUGCAAAGACGAUCCGUUUCAGAGAGAUAAUUGUGCGUUACAAACGGAAAAAGUGGCAGUAGAUGUGAGGAAAUUUUCGUUGGACGGUGCGAAUGAGAUCGUUUGCAAUGGACAUAACGACAAAAGCGAACAAAAGGACUUGAAAGCGUCGCAGAGAGAGAAUAUUAAACAUAUAAAAUCUAAGCAUCCGCGCGUGAAUCGGAGAGGCGGUAGAAAUAUCAGAGGUCGACAUCGACUUUCGGUGGAAGAACGUUUGAUCGAGGACAAUCGUGCUUACUACAAAGUGGAAGUGUUGGGUAACAAACUGCGAUCGAGCGCGGUACCGGGUGGAAAUCCACAACACGUGACGUCGAAAGAUAGCGAGGGCGAAGAGAAGAAGGAAGUAUCAUCCAGCGAAAAACCGGUAGUAGUGCGGUUUAAACGUGUGCGAAAAUCAGAAUUGUCAUUACUGAGUGACGAGGCGGAAUCCUUCAUGUUCGGCGAGCCAAAGCGGGACGAUUCUAGCGAACUGACCAGUGAUGGCGAACAAAGUAGCAUGUUACCGAGAGAUACGGACAGCAGCGAGGCUAACGAGACUAUCAAUUCAUCAACGUCGCUAAAUUCAUCGAUAAAUUCCAGUCCCAUCAAACAGGAAAUUGUUGAGGAGGAUUCGCAAGACUCUGUGCAUCUGGGUAGAGCGAGGAAAAAAAGACGCACGCAAGCUGAAGUGUUUAUCAAGGAUAAUACUGAGUAUUAUAAGUUUGAGACUCCUGGCAGUAGGUUAAGGUACCAGGCUCCGUUGACCGGUAUAAAAGACAUCGUCGCGGACGGCAACAAAGAGCACGUGAUAGCGAAGGGAUCGGCGAAUGAAUCAGAAGAUUGCAAGCUACAAGACAGUGACGUUGUCGAGAAAAUAUAUCCGUCCAAGCCGUCGGCGGAGAUCGAGAAGAUGCAAUUCUCCUUUGAAUCGGUACCCAUGUCCGAACCGUGGUAUCAGACGUAUCAGCGUCAGGAUACAGGCGCCGAGUUUUGGCACUGCUUCAGCGAAUGCGACGCGAUGAAGCCGUUUCUCUUGCCGUACGAAAUCGAGAACUUCCCGGAGACUUUAAUGAAGGCACAAAGUAGAAUCGAGAACGGCAGGAGGAGGGGUCGCGGUCGCGGUGCCGGUUGUAUGGGUCGCUCGCCAAGGAAGAGCCCGCGUUGCCACGCCUCCACGUUGGCCAUUAUGUCCACCAUAAUUCGUAAAAGAGAACAACAAUCGAUUUUACCUACGAUAGAAGAAUCACCGUCCAUCAGAUCGCGCACGAACACACCCAGGCCCGAGCAAAAGCCGGAGUUAGACAUGGACGAGGAGCUGAAAGAGAUGACAAGGACGAUCGAUGAAAUGCUGAGUACAAAGGGUAUGACCGAGUUGGACUUCGAGCCUGAUUUAGACUUGACGCAGAAUGAUGAUUUCUGUGGGACGAAUUUACCGAAGGGCGCACCGCCAAAUUUAUUGGAAUUACUUGACAAUUGUCAGGACAUUGUCAAUUGUUUGGAAAAUAAUUCGUCAUGCGCUAGUUCGGAAUGUGGCGAGGCGAAUGUGGACAUUCCGCUGAGGCGACGGAAACGAAGGAAAAAUCGGACCGGUUGGCCAGUCGGUAACAAGAUGAAGAAAAAAAUACAGGCGAACAAUAAAAUUCUAACGGAUUGCGAUCGAGAAUCGUUGGAAAAGAGGCUUUAUCCUGAUAGCGGUUUUGUUCAACGUCAUACGUUGAAUACAUCCAACAGACCAUCAGAGGUGAUAGAUUCUCACACAGUAGCAACAUCGACAAAUCCAAUUGUAUUGCCGAGCGUUUCGGAACGAUUAGCUAUCGAUCGGAAGAGCAGCAACGACGCGUUAGAAAUUUGUACUUCCACCAUGCCUCAUAAAUCAUAUCAUGAGGCGCUCGCCAAGAGGGAUAAGAGUACAGACAUUGUUAGCAAUGAUAAUACGGGCCUAUCGGUAAAUACGGACAAGCGUGUGGAGUUUACCGUCUCAGAGAACGCGUGCGACGACGGGUCGAACAAGACUCACCUAUCGAACAAGGACUACCCAUGUAGGAAAGAUUCAUCGGAAAGUGAAGAGAUCUCGGAGAACAAUUUGGGCAACAAUGAUAAUUAUGAAAACAAGAAGAAUCUGUUCAGUAGGAAGGAUGUCGUCAACGCGAUCACCGAGAGGAGUCCGGUCGCAAAGUCGUCGGCCAUCAGGAAACAACGGCAGCGCGAAAACGUCGCCGUAACCAGCGCUGAUGACUGCGAGUCGCGAGAUACGGAGAUCGAGAAUCAGGACAAUUUGCAGUUGCAGUGUAAAAAGGAAGCGGAGUCCGGUAUAGUUCCUAAGAAACACCAUAAUUCCAGUUCCGAGUUGUCGUUGCCGAAGCGACAAUUGCGCGGCGGCAAUUGCGAGGAGAACUCGUCCGACACGGGGGAAUUGUUGAAACAUCGUCGUCACGGUAUCGUGUUCGCUACGACGCGGCGCGGUCGGAUGGGCUCGCGAAGGCGCAUCUAUUCCAGGAAACGUCAGUCGAGGACGACCGUCGCCCGAAACAAUGUCAAUCUGUCGUCGUCCGAUCACGGAGUGAUAUACGAAGACGAGAAUUGUAAAAAGGAUGCCUAUUUGAGUAUUACGUCGUGUAACAAGAAGCAACCGCCAGGCUCCGGAGUGCGCGGUAACAUGAAGCGUAAAAGCGAGGCCAUCUCAUCGUCAGACAAUAUACAGGAAACAUCCGAUCCAACGACGGAUCAAUGCGUAUUGUCUGAGCGCGUCAGUCCGUCGAUGAUGUCGUCCGCCGAACUCGAGCAGCGUCGCUCGAGUAUCGAAUUCCAACCGGUCGUGCGAAUGAUGAAACUUGACGAUCAGGUGGAUCACAGUAUUUUGUCGACGGUGACGGUGGCGAGCAAUCGGCGAUUAAGAAGUUCCGGCGGCUCGUCGCGGUCAAAUCCUAAACCGCCGAAGAAGCGUAUCAAGUCUAGCCGAGGGCAUUUUGGACGAUGGUUGAAGAAUAGCUGAAGACCUAAAGAACGAAAACGAAAAAGAAGAGAGGCUGUACUUCGGCUUAGAUUUUGAUGACGGUGAUCGAUUAUCGAUCUCGCGAUCCGAUAUUUCAUCCCGCCACAGUGUAUAUUGUGUAUAAAAAUAUUAUUUGUGUACGUAGAAUAGUAUUUAACAAUGCAUCAUAGUAUUAUAUAUAUAUAUAUAUCUCUUUAGUGAUACCAUUCUACUUAGUGACGUUCUUUCAGGUGGUUAGUUUUAAAACUCCCCACCCGGUAUAUCUCAUUGUGUACAUUCUUUAGAUGCGGUUUCUCAUCCCGGUAAAAAAUUUUUCGUAUAUAAAAUAUGUCCAUAAAAAUAUAUAACUACAUAUGAUUAUAUAUUAAUAUAUGCA